CCCCUUGGGUCCAUGUCUCGCACCAAUUGAAGGCAUAGAGCUUUCCUGUCAUUACCAUCGCACGGCCAACCCUUAUUUUAUUCUGCAAAGCUCAGAGGGUUCCGAGAGCUUCCCAUGAACUUCACCUUUGAUGACUCUGAAGCGGACUUGUUGUAUUCGUCGGACUGGGAGACGCAGCCAUCGACCGAUCCGAAUCUCUCAUCUUUCUUCCAGUCGACAUAUCACGCUGCGACGAGUGACGGAGCGAUUGUGAACUUCACAUUCUUUGGAUCUGCCAUCUUCGUUGUUGGCUCCAAAGGUCCUGAUCAUGGAAGGUUUACCGUUCAAUGCGACGACGUUGUGGCCCCAAACAUUGACGCCGGCGCAACCACGACGCUUUUCCAACAACUGCUCUUCGACUACACCUUUCCCAGCGACGGUCAACACUUCAUUUCCAUAACUGCACACCUUGCGGACGGUAGAGACUGGUUGGAUUUGGAUUACAUUACUUUCACGCAGUCGCCCAAUGGCACCGUAACGUCUGCGACGACAACAGCACCUGCAUCCUCUGGGACCGUGACACCUCCAUGGGCGACUGAGACCGUAUCCAUAUCCGCGUCACCUCUACCACCAGUCAGCGGCUCAACGUCUACAAAUUCUACCUCCAAAGCCACCCUCAUCGCUGCCUGCACCCUUGGUUCCAUCCUUGGCGUCCUCCUCGUUGCCUUUUGUACCUUCUUUUUCCUCCGCAGCGUCAGGAAUCGCGACUCCGCUGAAGAACGCGCAUUCCGCCACGGUGGAGGUCCACCACCCAACCAACUUUACUCCACCCCCAACACUCCUUUCCACAGUCCGACCGAACCCAAACCUCAACCGGAGUCGUACAUCUCCCCACGAACGCCACCUUCACCCACCUCCGAACUUCCGCCAGUCUCUGCGAAACCCAAACACGUCUGGCUCCCGUCGCUGUCACUUCCUUUUUUCAGCUCCAUAAGACGACCACGAACCGACCUGGAACAGGCGCCCCGAUUCUCCUACCCUGAUGUUGCAGACAACACCAACAACGAACACGGUACACACUUCUCCGCUUCUAACCCGCAAAUGGCGAACUACAGGCCACCAUCGGAGCUCUCGAAUCCAGGAAUUCCGAGUCCAGGAAUCGGAGUGGGUGCGGGGCAUAGAUUGUUUGCGCAUGCGAUGCCGCCCGUGAGGCCGCCUCGACCACCCCCUAGGCCGGGGACGUUCGAUCCAUUCGGAUUGAGAAAUGGGCAGGACGAGUAUGAUGACGGAGAUUCGAGGAUGACGGAUUUUUUGCAGGUUAGAUGAGUUAGAUGGAGGAUCGGUUGGUCGGUCGACCGGGGUUGGAUUGUGGAUGGAGGAGGCAUCGACCGGACGGUCACGGCUGAUGGAGGAGGGCAGGCCUGUAAGAUAUAUAUGAAUGGGAUUUCAGGCGGGCCUGCGGGUGGCAGUUGGUAUGUUGCUGGGCUCGCCACGUCGCCUGUGUAAAUACAAGAUACACGGGAUCGCGACACGACACAUGCUCUUUUCUUCCUCACACUCGUUUUCUCUUUUUCUUGGUUAUUCUCUGUUUUGGAUUCCUCGGGCCCGGGCUUUCGUUGCAGUCAUUCACUUUUGACCACUACCUCUUUUUCUUUGUUUGAUCCUUCGUUCGUUCCAUUAGUGAACGCCCCCUCACACGAUUUCCUACCUUAUCCAUUCGUGCGUAGACGCCGGUUGUAUCCUUAUUCUUCCGUUCUUUCUCUUCCUUUCUUCAUCCUCUCAAAGGGGCCGGGCGUCUGUAUACCCCUACUUACCCAUACUACCCACAUAUCUAACCUCAUUCCUUAUCUGCCGACCGCUGGGAUUAACCGCCGCCUACUUACUGUGAUCGCUAAGUGUCGCCAUGAUGACUUCAAGUUCAAUACAAUCUAAACUGGAUACCCUAUCUGCCUUGUUUCUGAAUCUGUUUCUGUACGCCAUUCUUUUUCGCUUCUCCUCUGGUUUCAAUUGUUCUCGCCCUCUACACAUGAUGUUUAACUUUCGCUUUCGCUUUCGAUGCGCUCUGUACCUACCCGUCCGUCCUCGUCCUUUCCUUCGUUCUACUACUUCCUGUACUCCGUCUUAUACACGCCGGCACUGUUGCGCAGCAGUAUGUAUCUGUACUUUUUACUCACCACAACCUU